CCGACUCCCAGUGCGCCUGACCCGUCUCCGAACACGCUAUCCAAACAACUUUUCACUGUCUGAAACCGGCACUCUAUCGAGCAGCAACAGGUCACCCAACCCCAAUCGUUCGCAUUGUACACACCGGCAGCGUGCGAGGAACCCAACGACGCCGCGUCCCAUCCCCGGAAAAUAAAAAUCACUCGUGCACGCCUUUCUGACCGUUCACACACCGGACCAUCCGUCUAGCCAAGAAUUUUCCGCAUAAAUCGGCCAGUUUCGAUAGGGGCCUAUUCCAGAUUGUUGCAAAUCCGGACAGCAGCUCUCCUUGCGCUUUUUAAUAUGUUCGAGAGGUGCGGGUUUGAGUGAAAUCCGUGUGCGUUUUUCCGUUUUCCGCCGAUUCUGCCACCGUCCAGCUACCCAACAUAGGAGAUCCUUUCGUUAUGGAGACCUUCGCCAUAGAUAAGCCGUUCUGCGAUAUCGUUUCCAGCGACGAACUCAGAGAAUUAUGGGAAACCGACCUAGACCCGACGAUGCAAGACGUCCUGCGUCUACACUCCUCGGGCGACCUCAGCAUAGAAUGGACACAGUGCGACAAAGAGAUACCGGCGGUCAUAAUCCACGACAAACUGAUGACAGACGCAGCCUUCGGUCACACGACGAUGCUGAGGCCGAUCAAGAACGAACACUCCUACAGCCUAAAUUCCGAAGGAGGAUCACUUCCGGAUUCGCCACAGUCGCUGAGGAAAGACGGCAAUUCCACUGUAGCGAAGGGUUCCGUUAAGACGGAAAAGCACAAGAUACAGAACGCCACGGAACUAGACGCUAGGCUUUUAGAGAUGUAUGGCACACGACUAGAGAUGUUUUUCAGAGACAUGGAGGACGAAUGUUUCCCAGCCAUCUCGAUGAAGAAAGCCUGCGGAAAACUGAACGAUAUGGAGGACGAAGUGGACGAGGAGGAGAUCGAAAUAAAGGACGAACCUAUGAGCGAAUCGGAGAGCGUCCAUUCAUCCUGUCCCUCUUCGCCGCAAUCGGUGCUGCCAACUAGUGACCUGCAAUUCAACAUAGAUUUUAAAGAAUCCCAGAACCUCCUGCGACAAUCCGGACUCGUCAUCAGUUCCCCGAACACAGUGAUCCCGCAGAGGAUAACGCAGAUACCAAAACUCAGUAUACGAUUCGAACCCAGUACAACGCAAAACUUCCAACUACCGCCCACCCCGCCCUCCUGCAGCAGUAGCAGCGACGACAGCGAGGACAACGUGACAGUAUCCCCGGCCCCAGUACCCAAGAAGAGCAGUCUGGUGUCCACGGCCAGGCUACUGCUGAAUCACCACACCACCAGGCAGCCGAUCCACACGCACCUGAUAAGCACGCAGCCGAAGGGAUCAACUGGCACCCUCAUCCUGACAGAAGAAGAAAAGAGGACUUUGAUAGCUGAAGGUUAUCCAGUACCCACCCGUCUACCACUCUCGAAAGCCGAGGAGAAGUCCUUGAAGAAAAUCAGGAGGAAAAUAAAAAACAAGAUAUCAGCACAAGAGAGCCGCAGGAAGAAGAAAGAGUACAUGGAUCAGCUGGAGAGGAAAGUGGGCCUCUUGGUGACAGAAAACAGCGAGUACAGGAAAAAGAUCGAAGAAUUUCAAGACGCAAACACCACCCUCUUAGCACAACUGCAGAAACUCCAAGCUAUAGUAGCCAAAACGCACCCCCACCUGAAACUCGAGAGUAUUUGAGGAAAUUCCAUCGAAGCCGAGCUAAUUUUAGAGUUAAUUUAUUAUUGAGAAAACACAGAACGGCGGCGUUCUAUGUUCUCAAGAUAAUUUUAGGUUAUAUAAUUCGUUGAAUUUUCCGGAAAAAUCAUGGUUGAAAUACGCGUUCGUUUUUUGUUUCUGGGAGGAGGCGACGUUAAGAUUUAGUGCAAAUGGUACCCCAUGGUUCUCUGUUGGAUCCUAGAGAAUUUCAAAGUUUAAUUGUCAUAAAUAUAUAUAUAAAGAAUGAGAUUAUUUUUAUACCACCAUUUAGGUCUAGAAUCCACCAAUGAACUUGUUAACUAAGUCUUCCAAAAUAUGAAUUAUAAUAUAUAUUAGGUGUAAAUUGAAUACAUUCCAAACACCAAAGUCGAAAUAAAAUAUAUAUUCGUUAUCAAAGGUAAUUUUAUGUUUGGAAGGGAGAAUUUUAUGAUGUAAUUGUGACGGAAUUGGCAAAAUGGACAACUGCACAGUUGUUUUUCAUUACAAAGAACUGGAGAAUUUCAUGUAAAAACUUAUCCUUACCUUCCUGUACAUUGUUGCAGAUACGUUUACGAAACCACACAACAUUAAAACCACUCAAUAUUUUCAUUUCAAUUUCAUACAAAAUCUCCUAUAAAAUAAUCUCAUAACUUGGUUCAAGAAUGUCUAUGGUCGCACCAUCGAUUAAAAGCCCAACAAACUGAUUAAACCAUAGACUGUAUGAAGGUUGCCCGUUUUGCGAAAAUUCUCAAGAUUGUUAAUUGUACUUAACUGUAUUAUAAUAUAUACGAAGAUAUAUAUUAGUGCCUUUAAAAUGCGAAGUGUUAUGAAUUUUAUUGAAAUUAUUGUAUCAAUAGGUAAACGUUCAUUCAUCGAAUCAAAUGAAUUUUAUAUUUAUAAAUAUAUACAAUAUAUGUAUACAGAUAACCGGAAUAUUGAUGAUCCGGCAUAUUUUGAAAUGUAUAUAACGAAUUUCAGUCCAUCCAAGAAAGAAACUAGCUGAAUUGAAAAUAAUAUCAAGCGAAAUGAGAUAACCAGAGAAAAUAACCUCAUUCUCACUAACCAAAAAAUUCGUGAAAUCUGAAUUUCAUGAUGAUUCAUACAAAACAAAACAAAUUUUCGUUACCCCUGUGAUUCAUUCUAUGAGACGGAGUCGCAUGAUGAAAAAACUAAAAUCAAAGAUGGGAUGUAUCGAUAUUAUUGUUGAUAUAUGAAAAUAUUAAACCUUGAAACCAUUAAAUUGUUUUGAAAAUAAACAAAACGAGAAGUUAUCCCCCAGACUAUCACGAGGGCAAAGAUAACAUGUCAGUGCUAAAAUAUGAACCAAAAUAAUCCACAUUCUUCUAUAUGUGUUCUAUUCUCAUAACUUGAUUUUUUAUUCUUGGAUAUUUGUGCAAUAUUAGUGUUUGUGCAAUGGUUCUUUGCGUUCAAAGAAAUUUAUUUGAUGUUGAUCCCCAAUAUUCUGUAUUAAUGAUUAAAAUUUCAAUUGAAAAAUGGAAAUGACUAAAUAAAAAUGUAUCAGAAAAAGAAAAGACGAUCAUAUUUUUUGAACACACCAAUGAAAUGCGAAAAAUGAUGAAAAAUUGAACAUUUAUGUGGAUGAUGUUCCCAAAAAAGGAUUAUUUGUGACGAUGCAUUGCGAGAAUCCUACCAGUUUUUGUUAAUUUUGCGAGGUAUUGUUCGUGAAAUUGAUCGAACCAAACUUCCUGGAAAACCCAAGGGGUUUUUACAUCGCCCAAUAUCUUUAUCAUUGUGUGAAUGUAAUAAAGAGAAACUUCCAA